CAACAACGCAUGUAUUUAAAGACUGAGGAAUUGUACUUUGAAUUUGUAAACGGCCAUGGUUCACUACUACAUUGUAGACAACCGUUUAGGCUUUAAAAAGAGCUCGUUUAAAUCAGCAAAUUUGUUUUUGAACGCCCUGGCGUUGUACAGUUGUACUUGUACUUGUAGUGGCGUUGUGGCAUUGAAAGGACGGCGAUUAAGACGACGUUCUUUCUGAUUUCUCGACCGCAAAAAAAGUCGUCUGCAGGUAGCCAUAUAGGAACGUGACAUAGCACACGUACAACAACCAUGGGAGGUUCCAUCUCUAUCACGAACGACACCAAAGACACGCUUGUGGUGAGUUUGAACCAGGCCGGCCCGCUGUAUUACGAGUUGGUGGAACCGGGGAAGACAUUUUACCGAAGGACCGGGGCCGUUCACUUCACCAUCUGUGCUUUUCCCUACAAGAAGCACAAACACUCCGACGGGAAAGUGUACGACAACAAGAUGACACCGAGGAAAUCGGCGAAAGAACACAUAAAGGUGGUUGCCCCGGCAGUCGCAGGGACUCUUCUGAUUGGUCCGUUCAUGAUCAUCCCUGGCAUCAUUAUGGCGAUGGGUCUAGAGGACAGCUUUGGACUGGAGGGACAGUACGUUGUCCAUUCGCGCGGGUGGUAUGCAGGGGACCAUCCACGUCUCCGAAUCGUCGGGGGAUGGAGGGAGGAGAAGAGGCCGUUGAAACUGGAGUGCGUCCAGUGCAAGGGGUUCGACAAGUUCAAAAUAACCGACCACUUUGACACAUUUUCUGGCUUUGGUCUUGAAGAUCCUGGGUACGAGAAAUUGUAGUCGUUAUUGUAAACCAGCAAAAAUAAUUGCUGUGUAAUAAGUUACAAGCAUCAUAUCCAUACUUAUCAAAAGAUAUCUCUGGGAAUUCAUUUUUUCAACGAGUUUACCCAAAAGACCACUUAGUGUUAGUGAGAGGUACAGGUGACUAUGGGAGGAGAUGGCGGUGAACGUUGGCAUUGAAGGCUUGUGCUUGUAAAACAAAAGAAACUGUUGCUGUGGAAGGACUUAGAAACCGAUACUUGGAUAGUAAUGAUGUGAACUAGAAAGAACUUAGUGGUAUAUACGCUGAGAAGCUCUCAAUUGUGGAACAAGCUUAAUUUUAGAAGUUAGACUGUAGCCAUGAAAGUAUCUACAUAUUGGACAGUUGCUUGUCCGAAAAACAGUUACUAGUACUUCUUGAACUGACCUGUCAGCAAUCAUGUUUAUCAAAUUGCAGGUGAAAACAUAAUCUUAUUUGAAGUGUUACUGUUAGAUAGCGAUGUUAAGUAGAGUUUCAAUUGAUAUGGGCAUGUUUUUACCGCUUUACAGUGAUAUUAACUCAGUGAGUACGGCUGAGUACGAACUGUGAGAGUUUCUUCCAGUAUGUGAUCACGAAACUGAAACAUUGCUGUCGAUUAAUGAAGUCAUUUGUCAUUUGAAGGAUCACGAAUAUGCAAAUGAGUACAUGCGAAAAUUAGCCCCGAAUGUCUGAUUAGUAUGCAGAUAUAUUGACGAUAUAUGUUGAUAUGUUGACGUCAUUAUAUCGUACUGAGUGCGACAGAAAGUGUUUCAGAUACGACGAUUUUUUUGUCUACAGAC